GAUAUUUCCAAACUGGCAAGCUUCAUAUUGGGUAUGGAAUUCCAUCCUAUGUCAUGGCGAGCUGCAAAUCCUUAUGUGCUGGUAGAUUGUUUUGAAGAUGUCACUCCUACAGAAAGAUUGCACUUGGAUAAAAACUGCGGUAGAGACAUAGUUUUGUAUGGUUAUCUCCGGGGUUGUGAGAUCAAGAAAAAAGAAACUGAGGUGCAUAUUGCCGGCGUCGGUGACUUCCCUUUGGCUGGCGUGGCAAGUGUAGCUGAACCUCGCCCAUUACCGCAUAUUGACGAUCCAAAGAUUGAUAUACCCGAACAUCUUGAUGAGGAAACUCACAUGAAGAAAGAGAUUAUCAGAGUAGGGGCUUAUCUAAAGUUUAAGAUCUGCGAUGUUCCUUGUGAGAUGGUUAAUAAUCGUGAUCCAUGUCAUCCUACUCUCGUUGGAGGUAUCAGCCAUGCAGAAAAAACUGACGGACGUAUCUUGGCGAGAUUUGAGAGACACAGUUUGCAUAUGAAAUCAUUGAGGACAAAUGAUCCUAUUAUUGUUUCAGUUGGAUGGAGAAGGUAUGUGACGAUACCUAUCUAUGCCACAGAAGACUUGCAUGAAACUCUCGAAUUCACCCCUGAAGACAAGCCGUGUUGUGCAACGUUUUGGGGCCCUUUUGAAACUCCUGGAACUGGAGUUGUUGCUGUACAGAGUCUGGCAGAUAGCAAGGCAGCUUUUCGCAUUUCAGCGACCGGUGCAGUGCUCGGUUUUACCAAUGCCCCAUAUUGUGACAUCAACGAGGAUCAUAGCUUAUUCAACCCAUUAAUGACAUCCCCGGAACCAAGCGACCGUGUUUGGACAGACGACACGAAGGAAAGCGAGAAAAGUAAAGCACAUGUGGUGUGGGGUUCUCGGGAAAGAAAGAUAGCAGACGAGGAUCUGAGAAAAAAGAUGUCAACGAUACUAGAGGAUAAGCUCAAGCUUACUUGUCAGAAGCGGAAGACGGAUGAACCACGGCGUGCUGUGAUAAUUCUCGAACGUAUGCAUUUUGGUAACAUGGCGGAGUUUCUUGAGGCGUACCAGAAAAAGAAGGAGCAGGAUAUUCGUAACAAUAUAACUCGUGGGAUGCCUACUAGAUUUUUCGAGAGAAAGACAGGGAAUAUAGCUGUUGCCAAUUGAGGACCAGGAAGGAAGAAAGAAAGAAAGAAAUAUGGAGGGAACAUUGCUGUUGCGAACUAGUUUAAAAUUGGCCUGUGGAUCUGGCAUUAAAAUCUGUAUUUAAGCGAUCCCUUUGCUUACUUGCCACA